AUGUCGAACCGCGCCGCUGCGACCCAGAACCUCCGUCUCACCGUCGAGAACGCUCCCAACCUCCUCAAGGCGUACCUCCACGACAACGGACUCCCACCUGCGUCGUACCACGUUCAUUCCCAGCAGAAGGACACCCACGGCCAGGUUCACGUCCUCUACCGUGCCACCGUCAAGCUCGCAGUGUUCCCCAGCACGGAAGCCCGCUCCAGAGCACUGAGGCCCUCGCCAAGGGCCACGCAGCCUACUACCUGUGUGUCAAGCACAACAUCGGCAACAGUGCUUCGCCCCCCAAGGGCAUCGAUAGGCACAGGUGGCUCGCGUGCUGUGAGGCCGGCGGGGGCCGUCAAGCAGGAAGACGGUAACCCGCCCGCUGCCCCGCAGGUGUUCAAGUACAACGACAUCUCCCUCAAGUUCCCCAUCCCUAGCCGCAACAAGGUGGUCGAGGACUUCAUCUUGGCUCACGGCGGUUGCAUCGGUGGCGAGAAGGAUGCCUUCUUCUUCAUUUUCGACCUCGACGUUGGCCAGUCCCCCGAGAGCUACGCCGACACGCGCCUUAUCGAGCAGAUCGAGGCUGGUCAGAAGGGCGGGCUCACCGUGGCCCUUUCUGCCGACUAG